AUGCCUCUUCAAGACAUCACCCCACCCCGGGGCCAGCAGGACAACUUCAGGAACGGAAGACCUCGUUUCUUUGCAAGCUACGAGGAAGAUAUCGAAUUUUAUGAUAUUAGAAGAUGGAUGUUUCUUUUCGGCUACUCCCAAUCGCAAGCCUUUCGCAGCAUCAAAGAAUUUCGCUGCAAACCACCCACCUUCCUGCUCCCUGACCAUCAUUGGAAUCUUGUUAAGGAGGACAUGAUGUCACAAGGUUAUGACAAAGAGGCCUAUGCAUUCCUCUAUAACCAGCAGCAGAUGAAGAACAAGGCCAAAAAUACACGCCGGAUUGCGCGGGAAGCCUUGAAGGAAUUGGUCCGAACCAGAGACCUGUUGAUGGACUCGGAGGAGUUCUUGCAUGACCUCCAACUGACGAUUGAACUUGAGGUGCUUUUUUCAGAAGCUGAGGAAAUCACCAUCAAUCGGGGCAGCUUUCACGAAUGA